GGUGGUUCGAGGGGUCCUUCCCACUCUGCGUAAUUCCCACUCGCGUGCUUGGACCCCACUCAUAAAAUCCACGGAUAUUCUUCUGGAAGAUAACCUAUACCCCCAUCUCUACACUCCCUCGUCCCUCUUAAAAAAAGAAAAAUAUUUGUACUUGUUUCGUCACAAUAACAACCUCUUUGCCCCUUCACAUCGGUAACUUAUCCACCGAACAUUCUUCCUUACAAUCAACUCAGUCCAUAAAACAGUGUUAAAAGCUGUAAACCACGCCGGCCGUAUCUCUGUGUAUUCCUACUGAGCACAUUCUCUGCCAGUGUUUGCAGUGUUAUUUUUCGAAUUGCGCAUCAAGUGAAUUUUCAACAUAUCCAGCCAAUACCGAAAUAUAAAUAAUCAAAACCUCCUGGAAGUACCAGUGGAAUUCCACGGCCAUGUGACUUGUCACUUCUGACAAGCGAAAAAUCGGCUUUUCGUUCACCCCCUUCGGAGUUGAUAAACAAAAUUCACAAAUUUUCGGAUCGAUUAUGGAAUUAAUGCGCAUAUGUUUGAGUCGUAAAUUAAAAAGUAGUCUGCUAGAUGUUACGAAUAAAGUGUUGAGUGUCCAGAGUGCUAAGUACAUAAGAUUGGCAGAAGUGGGAAAAUUAGAAACUCCGAAAUUACAGGGGAAGUAUGAGACCGGGCAGCUGAUACUCCAUCGUGUUUUUGGAUAUCGAGGAGUUAUUCUGUUUCCGUGGCUUGCGAGAGUCUACGACAGGGAUCUACCUAAUAGGAAAGAUGGAGACGAUGAGAAUAAUUACAACAGUGUUGGAAAAGAAGUGAAAGGUCGAACGCACACAUUCUAUCAGGUUUUGAUUGAUCAAAGGGAUUGCCCAUUUAUUAGAGCUCAAACAGAGGCAGUGACAUUUCUAGGCAACAAUGAGAGCAGCAGAAGUCUGUACGCAAUACCAGGUCUGGAUUACGUAGCUCACGAAGACAUAUUGCCUUAUUCAACGAAUGACAAGACCGCUCUGCAGCAUGAGUUAUUCGACAAAUUUUUGACUUUUCAUCCUGGGAGAGAGCCACCCUUUGUGGCGCAGGAGACACUCAGGGCAUGGCAGGAGAAGAAUCAUCCCUGGUUGGAGCUGUCGGAUGUCCACAAGGAGACGACCGACAACAUCAGGGUCACUGUCAUUCCCUUUUACAUGGGCUGCAGAGAAACCCAAACUACAUCAGUUUAUUGGUGGCGCUACUGCAUUCGGCUCGAAAAUCUGGGAGAUCUCAGUGUACAACUCCGAGAGAGACACUGGCGAAUAUUCAGCCUAUCUGGUACCCUGGAGACAGUCCGUGGUAGAGGUGUCGUAGGUCAAGAACCAGUACUUUCAAAAACUCUUCCGGCUUUUCAGUACAGCAGCCACGUCAGUCUGCAAGCCCCCAGUGGCCACAUGUGGGGAACCUUCAGGAUGGAGAGAGAGGAUGGCUACACAUUCGACUGUAGAAUCCCUCCAUUUUCCCUUGAAUCCAAAGUCGAAGAGCCCACGACCCCCAAUGCUGAGUCCUAAUUAAUCGACAUGAAGAACGAAAGUAAACGAAAUGGAAGUAAAAAAAACUCAGAUGUUAAAUCUCACGUGACGCGACCCCUGAGCCUGUAAAUAAAGUAUAUUUAUCAUUAAAAUAUUAUUGUUACCGUGUAGAAUUUUAGUACUGAAGGAAUAAACCAGUGAUAUUGAAAA